AAAAUACCGGGACCUGUCGCCAACCUUUCCGAGCAUCCUCACUACGUUCUCCCUGGGAUGAUUAAGUCCCUACCUCCGCCUCCGCCAGCACCAAAGUUGAAAAUGGGCAUCGACAUGUCCAAGUUCGGCAAGAAGCACGCUUUCAAGCCCGCUGUUAAGCCGACUGAGCCCAAGAAGACCAGCGAUAUCCCGGUCUCAUCCUAUGGCCUCUCCAGUAAGCAGCGUGUCAAGACUGAUGCAGUCCCGAAGAUCAACCCGACAUUCGACAUCCGCACCAUGACGCAUGCAGAGCGUGUUCUGUUUGCUAAUGGUCCAGAGGUUGCGGUGAUGAUGGGUGACACGAAACUUGCCAUGCUGGCUAAGUACGUCUUGAUGCAGUGUUCGGCAAAGGCAUAUAGGCACUUCACCGAGAAUCCGAAUGCCACAACCAUGACGUUCAAGGCGGACUCGAUGGACAUGGACGCGGCAAAAGCCCAUCUCCAGUGGAUGGAUGAGAUGACUUUCCAGGGUCGGGUGUAUUCUCUCACGCUGCACGGCGACGAGAAGAACGAUGUCAAGAACCUCAACAUCUGCCGUGCGGCUCGCGUCCUUGGUAUGAACAACAUCUAUGUUGGACACUUCACCAGGACCUUUUGCGAUCGAAUACGUUCACAAAAGGCGUCUCCAGCCUUUAUCAGUCUCGUUGCCGACCUUGCGUAUCCCGAGAACGAUCCCAUCUUCGAGUGCCUGGCUAACAACCUCGUGAAUAUGCGCGUCCGAAGCGCCAUGCCAAAGGGAUUGGAAGCUCUGCUAGAAAAGCAUGCCCAUCUGAGAGGCAAGAUGGAGAAGAUUGAAAAGCGAAUGAUGGACAAGCGUAGGGCUGAGCCGAAGAAAGUGGAGGGGGUCAGGAAGCCCAUCGUUACGAACUAAGUCGUAUCUCGCGGAUGCGCGGCCGAGGGGUUGGACGUAUGGAGCAAGGCGAUCAUGGUUCAUGGAGGAUGGAUGCGUAUUUCUGUACUGCGAACUCAAGCGUUCCGACGUUGAAGGGCCAAGUGUAUACAGGGUUGACGACGAGGCGAUUAAUCUGGGGCAUGUCCUUAGGCUAGCAUUGUGUUCGACAUGUACAGCCAGAUGUAACAUG